UUUGUGCUGCUCGGAGACAACAACGAUGGCAACGUGGACAUUGAUAUUCGUGAUUCUUGGAGUCACCGUGGGAGCUGCACAGACAAUCUACCCACUUGAUAAGGCUCCAAACUCUGUCGAUGACAUGUAUUAUGGCUGCAAAGAGAAGAUGUUGCAAAAAGUGAAGAAAGAGUUUCUGCCGGAAGAGAAAAACAAAGUUGAAAACUUCCGUAAGGCCUGGAAUGAAGCAAAUAAAUACUAUGAUGAUAGACGGAACUCUUAUACUGGAAAGGAUUGUUCCAGCUCUUUGAGUAAAGAACAGAUAAUGGCUCUUCAUGCUUACACUCGUGAUGAAGUCUAUUCUGAAUUUAACAAAGCAGUCCGAACAGAUAAAGAUAAAUAUAAGACUACAUUUAUGUAUCACACGCUGCACUUUUUCCUCACAGAUGCCAUUCAAGUUCUCAAAUCUUGCCCUGAAAGCCAAAAAUGCUUCACUACCUACCGAGGAGUCAGAAGUAUCAUGGAGAAUAAUGUAAAAGAAUUUCGUUUUGGGUCUUUUGCCUCCAGCUCAAUGGACAAGAGCAUUGCUUUAGAAUAUGGUAACAAAACCUGCUUUGAGAUUUACACAUGCUUUGGAGCAGACAUCACACAGUACUCAGAUAAAGAGCGUGAGAAAGAAGUCUUGAUCCCCCCAUAUGAGGUCUUUGAAGUCGUUAAAUUAGAGAAGCAAUCAGAAAAUAAAAACCUUCCUUGUGACUAUUUUUAUACAGUGAAAAGCACAGAAAAAACUCAAUCCGACUUAAACUGUGCCCUUUUCUAAAUUCACAGCGGGCAAUGUGUGAUGAAAUGUAAAACAACAAUACUCAGGAUUUUUCAUGAUUAGUCUAUUCAUGCUGAAAUGCAUUUAAAUGUAUGCUUGAUGCUGUUAUGCUCCAGUGAACACUGGUAUAUUUGUUUAUCACUAAUGAAGCCAAUGGUAAUUCUUUCGCAGUUUGUUUGUUUAUAAAAUUCACACACGGAAAAGGGAAACCAUCAGUCUUUCUUCAAAGUUUGUUGGAAUCUGCCUGUGACGAGAAAUAAUUAAAACCUAAGGCAAGAGACAGCAGUGGGCUGAAACUUUAUCUUGAAGUCACCAUUUUUAUUAUUGUGUGUUUCAAAUGUAAACCACUGAUUGUAUUCUUUGUCUUAAUCCUUAAUC